AUGGCCGCCGUCUCGACUCGCUGCUGUCGAACGCCUCGGACCUUCAUCAUCUUCCUCUUCGUCCUGUCAGGUGUUGUCAGCGAAACCAAAACCAACGUAACCGGCAGGAACAUUCUGUACCACUCCACCGAUGACGGAGAGAAAACCUGCCCAGCAGGAGCUCAAGGCCUUUACGCCCUCCCUGUUCUCGGACCAGCUGGACCAUUUUCGCCCGUUCGUGGAUUUAAAGUGGCGGAGGGGGGCGUGGCCUCUCUGUCCUGCCAGUACUCUGUGAAGCGGUUCGGUCUGAGUCGGGUCUGCUGGGGCCGUGGCUGUGGGACCUUCUGGUGCAACAACAUCCUGGUGCAGACGGACGAGCACGGCCUCAUCUCGAAGGUGGCGGAUCGUUACCGGCUGACGGGGGACGUCCUGGACGGACAGAUGGACCUGGACAUCCUGAACGUGAGGCGGACGGAUAAUGGGCCGUACUGCUGCAGGGUGGACGUCGACGGGAUCUUCAACGACAAGAAGGUGAUCAUGAACCUGAGAGUCGUCAAAGUGUAUAUUUCCCAAAAAUAUCAAGGUCCUAAUCUCAGCUCUGUAAAACUGAUUAACCUGUACCUUUCCUUCUCAGCUCCGGUCACCAGUUCUCCUUCUCCUCCUCCUCCGCCAACAAUGACCACGGCAUCAGCAACGACCGGUGGAGUCACGGAGCUGUCGACCUCCACAGUGAACUGGAAAACGCUGUUGUCGUCUCAGCUGGACCUUCUGAGGAGGAACUCCACUCUGCUGCACUCCGACGCGGUCGCCGUGGAGGACUCUCUGCCGUCUCUCUCCCUUCAGAUCAACGUUCCCGUCCUCUCUCUCUCCCUCAGUGUGUUGUUGGUCUUGGCGGCGACUUUUCUCUUUCUGGCCUUCAAACGUGGAAUAUACAGAAGAGCCUUAAAAAACGGCUGUUUCUCCUCUGAAGAGCCUCCUCACAUCAUCUAUGAGAUCCGGAUGAAGAGGCCCGUCCAGGAGAACAUCUACACUCUGGACUAGAGAGCCUCGUGAUGAACUGCUACGAAACACAGGAAGCGCUUCAUUUCAAUUAAGUCGAAUAAAUCAAACUGAUCCUGCAUGUUGUUUCGGCUGAUGACGUUUUAUUCAGUGUGCGAAAUACUCACCAACAAAUGAUCACCAUCUGGACGUUAACAUCUUUUUUUUUUUAAUACCCGAUGUGCAUUUUAUCAAAUUUGUUUCAUUUGAUUAAAAGUCGUAUUAGCAUCAAAGUAACAAACGUAGUAUUUUAUCAAUGAUAAGAAAAUUGGGUACAUUUUAAAUGGGUAUAUUUAAUGUGUCAAUCUGGUGAAUUUUGAAGUACUUGUGUAUUUCCAGUUGAUGUAACUUCCUCAAAUCAACUAAUAAACCACGAAGUUCACCUGUAAUCU